AUGAACGGAUACGGUGCUCCGUACCUCUACAUGGGCACCCCGGUGUCCCAGCCGCGGGCCCCGCUCCAGAGGACGCCCAAGUGCGCGCGCUGCAGGAACCACGGGGUCCUGUCGUGGCUCAAAGGUCACAAGCGCUACUGCCGCUUCAAAGACUGCACCUGUGAGAAGUGCAUCCUCAUCAUCGAGAGGCAGCGCGUCAUGGCGGCGCAGGUGGCUCUGCGCAGGCAGCAGGCCAACGAGAGUCUGGAGAGCCUCAUCCCGGAGUCUCUGCGGGUCCUGCCGGCCAUCAGUGAGGCUUCCCCCGGGCCCGGAGCCCCCAGCAGGACAGGGGACAUGGAGCUGAGGUGGAGCGGACCAGAGCGCAGCCACAGCGCGGCCAACUUUGCAGACGCGGAGGACGCGGAUGACUCUGGGGCUUCGGGCGCAGAGCUCGGCGGCAGUGAUAAGGAGCAGGAGCCGGAGCUCAGCUCUCCAGACUCCGCGGGAUCCAAACCCCUGACGUGCUUCAGCCCGGAGCCUCCAGACCCGGAGCCGCACAAGGAGAAGCCCGCGGAUAGAGAGGCCAAAGGUCACGUGAGCGCGCCUGAGCAGAGCGCGCUCCUGGAGGCGCUCCCGCUCGGCGUGCGCGCGCACAGGCCUCCUUUGGACGUUCUACAGAAGGUGUUCCCCGCGCACAAGCCCGCAGUGCUGGAGCUGAUCCUGCGGGGCUGCGGGGGGGACCUGGUGGGGGCCAUCGAGGUGCUGCUGUCGAGCCGCGGCCCGGACUCUGGCACUCACGCAGACGCGUCAGAGGGGCUCGUGCUGCCUUCAAACGGACACGCGCUGGAGCAGCUGGCCUCGUACCCGGUCUCCAGCUCCAAGUGGUCUGUGGGCUCAGCCUUCCGCGUGCCAGACUCCCUGCGCCUCUCGGAGCCGGGCCCGGGGCGUGUGUCCGCGGGACCGUUAGGCGUCCCGCUGCAGCACCCGUCCUUCCCGCAGCCCUCACGUUACCCGCUCAUGCUCCGUAACUCGCUCACGCGCUCUCAGAGCGGGCCGUUCGUGCACAAUGACGUCACUCUGUGGAACACGGUGGCGCUGCAGCAGCACUACCAGCUCCGCUCUGCGGCUCACUACGUGUCCCCGUUCUCCGCGGCCCCGGGAGCUCCCAUGGGUCACGUGUUCAGAGGGUCCCCGCUGCUCAGCUCGUCCCGUGCGGAGGAGCAGCGCCUCGGCCUGCAGGAGGACACGGGGCUCCUGGGGCCAAAAGCGCUGUACUCCCCGGAACCCGAGCACGAGUAUGAGGAGCGCUCCGACUCUGCGGACUCCCGCGGACUCAACUCCUCCACCUGA